CGAUAUACUCGAACGGCGCAUCACCCGCCACCUGUACUUUCACUAUCUCUACCGGUCAGCUCGCCCCGCUGGUCUGAGGCACAAUAUCGAUCAUGUUCCGCGCGCAGCAAAAUGCGUUUGACGACGCAGUCGCCAAGGCGACUGAUGAGAACCUGACCGCUGAAAAUUGGGAGUAUAUUCUGGAUGUUUGUGAUAAAGUCGCUGCGGAGGAGUCUGGUGCAAAGGAUGCCGUGGCUGCUUUGAUCAAAAGGCUUGCACACAGAAAUGCCAACGUGCAGCUAUAUACUUUGGAGUUGGCAAAUGCUUUGGCGCAGAAUUGUGGUCCGAAGAUCCACCGCGAAUUGGCGUCGAGAAGUUUUACAGAUGCCCUUCUGCGCUUAGCUGGCGAUCGGAACACACAUCAACAGGUGAAAGCCAAGAUUCUCGAGCGCAUGCAGGAAUGGACGGAGAUGUUCGCUAGUAACCCCGAUUUCGGGAUCAUGGAGCAGGCGUACAUGAAGCUGAAGACUCAGAAUCCGAACUUGCAACCUCCAUCGAAACCGGGCAAGAGGGAAAUUACCGACGCAGACCGCCAGAAGGAAGAAGAAGAGCUACAGAUGGCGCUUGCGCUCUCGAUCAGAGAGAAGCCUUCUUCUGCGGCUCCGCCGAGCCAGGCACAAGCCGGCAGCAGCUCGAGUGCCGCUGCUGCACCCGUCAGCGAGUCUCCAGCAGCCGCCCCCUCCCAGCCAGUUCCCUCUGGGACCUCGGCCGCUACCGUCUCUCGGGUGAGAGCAUUGUUUGAUUUCCAGCCGUCGGAGCCUGGAGAAUUGCAAUUCCGCAAGGGCGAUGUCAUUGCGGUUCUGGAAUCUGUCUACAAGGAUUGGUGGAAGGGUUCUUUGCGAGGCCAGACGGGAAUCUUCCCGCUCAACUAUGUCGAAAAGCUGCCCGAUCCUACAGUUGAAGAGCUACAGCGGGAAGCUCAAAUGGAAGGAGAAGUUUUUGGGCAGAUCAAGAAUGUCGAGAAGCUUCUCACGCUGCUUAGCACUCGCAGCUCGGAGCUGAACGUGCAGGACAAUGAGGAAAUCACGACGCUGUACCACUCGACCUUGGCUAUCCGGCCGAAAUUGAUCGAGCUGAUCGGCAAGUACUCACAGAAGAAGGAUGAGUUCACCCAGCUCAACGAAAAGUUCAUCAAAGCCCGCCGAGACUACGAGUCGCUCCUGGAAGCGUCCAUGUCCCACCCGGCGCAACCCCAAUAUGGCCGGCCGGCUCAAGCUCCCUACGGUUAUCCGGCUCCCGUGGGCUAUCCUCAAGCCCCGCCACAGUCUGAGCCUCAGCGAUACUUCAGCCCUCGUCCUUCAGAAGCCCAGCCGACACAGUCUACUGCGACCCCUUACUACGGUGCAGAACAAGCCCACGCGUACCCUCCCGCUACAUCACAAUCCCCCGAUUUGCGUGUAACUCCUCCUGUUGGUGCCCCCUACCAGCAACAGCAGCGCCAGUCUUCGACCGAGUUCUACCAGCCUACUCACCACCGCCCUGAGUCCACUUACGACAACCCACAAGAAUUAGGUACCUCUGUUUACGACUCUCCCAUUGAACAUCGGCCUCAGUAUCCCGGACAAGUCCCACCCGCGGCUUCUGCGCAGCCACAUUUCCCACCUCAACAGCAGCAGCAGCAACAGCAACAAUCGCAGCCAGAGUUCCCACCCGCUUCCUACCCUCCUGAAGACGCCCACCGACCUCCAGCUGGAGCCAACACCGUCCACCACCAGGCGCAACCGCCCUAUCCCACCCACCAACCAGCCCCAAUGCACCAGUCUCCCCCAGUGCCAGGCAACGCAUCCACACCCACACCAUACCCUUCGUUGACUCCUGGGACUGGUUCGUACCAGGCAUACAGCCCCUCGCAAACCGACGUGUCCAACCCUGCUUCCUACUACCGGUAAACUUCUCUGAGCCUCUGAGAAUCGUGGUAAUGGAGAGAUGGAGGUCUGGAGACAGGGCGGGCAUAUCUGUCUUCCUUCUGGUAUGCGCUUGUUGAUCAGGCUGCAGAAGGCAGUGGGGGAAGGCAUUUCCCGUUCCAGUCAUGAGCUUGAGCUUGAAGCAAAGUAUUGAGCUUUUGUUUCCUUCUUCAUACCACUUGUGCUCCAUAGCGUUGUGCUUCUGGUGUUGUAAUAUGAUUUCUUUCC